AUGGCCAGGAAAGGUGGUAGGGUUUUAUUGGGUUUCGAAGAUGAGAUAAUCACAGAAAAACACAAGUCUUUUGUUAAUUUUACAACAAAUAAAAUCGGUGGUAAACCGGAUUGGCCAUGCGAUGGAAUUCCGACUCCGUCGUGUCAGUUGUGUGGUCUCGUACUUCCACUGAUCGUACAGAUUUAUGCUCCCCUCGAAAAUUCUCCGUACCACAGAACUUUAUAUAUUUUUGGUUGCAUAAAUCCAAACUGCUGGAAUCAAAGCGAAAGCUGGAUCUGUAUGCGUAGCCAAACAGUUGAUACUGCUUCUGAUCCUGGUGUUGCCUCACCAGCAGUCACUGUCAAUACUGGAACUACUACUGACUGGUGCCAAGAGGCUGAUGAUUGGGAUGAUGACAACAAUGUUAAUAACAAUGAAGAAAAUGGUAAUGUAAUAGCUUGCAUAAAAAAUGUGGAGAGCUGUGAACAUGUGUCAGAUGAUGAUAAUGAAAUGGAAGAUAAUCAGUGUGACUUGAGAAUGCAGCUUGGGAAUCUGAACCUCGAUGAAAGGAAUGCCAAUUGUGGAGAACUGAAGGGCGGAGCAGGAAUUCAGGAAGGAGGAGCUGUUGGAUGUCUCAUUUCUCCAGCAGCUACAGCAGAGAUAGAAGGAGAUGAAGGUGAAGUGGUCAGCAUCGAUACACCAACAGCCCCUCAACAUGACCUUAUAGCAUUGCUUCAAGAAACAGCACCUUUGCCAGCAGUUCUCAGAAACUCAAGUGAAGCAAGUGGGCAACGAAUGCCAUCAUCCUGUUCACUUGAAUUUACUCCCUACUUCAUAAGUGUUGAUGAGGAGAAUUUGGGUGGUUCGCCAUCAAUUACUCCUCUUUCAGAACAUGUCCGAGAAUUGUUGCAAGAGUAUCAGCAAAAUAGUGAGGAAGGUUCAUUUAGUCCAGAGCAAGAAAAAAUGGUUUCCAUGGGUCAAGGUGACCAGUUAACACAAGAAAAAUAUGAAAAAAGUAUUCCAGCCCAUGGCGAUAAAAUGUUCCAUCAAUUCCUGCUUCGCAUACAGCGUAAUCCAGGUCAGAUUAUAAGAUAUUGCCGAGAAGGUGGUGGGCCAUUAUUGCUGCAGCCAGUGAAUGAAUCACCAGCAAGGUGUUCACAUUGUCUUGGUGAUAUGAUGUUUGAGCUGCAGCUGCUACCUACACUGAUUCCUCGACUACGUUUAACAGUAGCUUGUUCAGGAGAGGGUGUGUCUUCAAGUUCCCAUGUAGAAUAUGGAACUGUGCUUAUAUUUACGUGUCGUCGCAGUUGUUGGUCUGCUGGAGACUCAUUCCGUAAUGAGCGCAUCAUUGUUCAGUCUGAAAAUGUCAUUUAG